GGCGAUGCUGAGAUGGGGGCGGUGGCAGCCGAAGCGGAUGGUACUCUCUUUGUGGGCAACCUUGAAACGAAAGUGACAGAGGAGCUGCUUUUCCAGCUUUUCUACCAGGCUGGGCCAGUAAUAAAAGUGAAAAUUCCAAAAGAUAAGGAUGGUAAACCAAAGCAGUUUGCAUUUGUGAAUUUCAAACAUGAAGUAUCUGUUCCUUAUGCCAUAAAUCUGCUUAAUGGAAUCAAACUUGGAAGGCCCAUCAAACUUCAGUUUAGAUCAGGAAGUAGCCUUGCCUCACAGGAGGUCAGUUUGUCAUAUCCCCAGCAUCAUGUUGGAAGUUCAAGCCCUACUUCCACAUCUCCUAGCAGGUAUGAAAGGACAGUGGAUAACAUGACUCCAUCAGCACCGAUAAUUCAAAGGUCUUUUUCUUCUUCAGAAAAUUUUCAGAGACAAGCAGUGAUGAACAGUAUUUUGAGACAGAUGUCAUAUGGAGGGAAAUUUGGUUCUCCACAUCUGGAUCAAUCAGGAUUUUCCCCAUCAGUUCAGUCACAUAAUCAUACUUUUAACCAGUCUUCAACCUCCCAGUGGUGCCAAGAUACACCAUUAUCAUGGCGAAAAGUCAGAGAGAAUUCUCAUCCCUACAUAGUGGAUAGACAUUAUUGCCAUGAACAGCUUUACACUGAUCACGGGGCCAACCAUCAUUACAGAGGAAACAGAGAUGAUUUCUUCUAUGAAGAGAGAAAUCACGAUGGCUGGAGCCAUGACUAUGAUAACAGAAGAGACAGUGGUAGAGAUGGAAAAUGGCGCUCAUCUUGACACUAACAAGUGUUAAAAGGAUGUUUUCAUAGGGUCUUUAUAGGCCCUUUUUGUUAAGUUGUU